AUGUCUAAAUAAUUACAAAAUGAGAAAUAAUAAAAUGUAAUCCAGGCUUCAGGUUUGCAAGAAGCGUAUGAAUGUAACAUAUUCCUAUUACUUAGACUUGCUUAGACAACUCUGUAAGAAGGGGUUACCAACUGGAAACGUUUAUGAAUUUUCUGCUCAAACAAUCUUGAAAUAUGAGAAAAAACUAAAAAAUUAGAAUAUAUAAAAUAAAGCUCAGCAGGCUGCUAAAGAAGCACAUGGUAUAAUUAAUAGUUAUGAAAGAAAAAUUUGUAAAAAAGAUGCAGGACAAAGAACAAAAGAAUUUAGAGGAAGUUUCAAAGUACGAAUUGGCAUUUAGAGAGGAAUAAAAGAGGAAAGAAAUAAAUCAUCAAUCUCUCUCUUAAGAGCCUGUACAAAGACAAAGUAUAGACAAAUAGAGUUUGGAUUUGAAAAACUAAUAAAUUGAAAAAGUUGAUUAGUCUCCACCAAAAGGAUAAAAAAACAAAUAAGAUCCAUAGUCAUCUCCACAUAAAUAAGAAGUUAAAGUAUAGAAAUAAGAGGCUGAACAGAAUGUUUAACAGUAAUAAUAAAAUCAAUAACAAUAACAAUAACAACAACAAUAAUAACAAUAAUAAAAUACAAAUAAAAAGGGGGCAGUUUAGAAUUAAAAAAAAGAUACAAAGAAACAAAUUUAGAAUGAACAAUCUAUAUUAAAAGAAUUAAAAUUAGAAGAGUAAAAGGACUAAUAAAAAUAAUAAGAAUAAUAAUAGAAACAAUAAGAUUAAUAAUAAUAAAAAUAAUCAGAAUAAUAAAAGCCGCAAGAAUAGUAAUAAUAAUAAAAUAAAGUAAAUGAAGCCAAUAAGGAAUAACCUAAAGAAUAAUAGAAAUAAGAUAAUAAAAAAACAAGCAAAAAAAAGUGA